CCGGGCACUGACGAUAAAGCCCGCACACUCUGGCGCACAGUGAUGACUUUCCACGCCAACCGUAGCGGAAUCGUAAAAAAGUUGCCUUUCAUGAGCAAAUCUUGGUAUUUACUGUUACUCAUUUGUAAGGCAUUAUGAUCUACCUCCAGCUGCAGUGCAAUAAUUAUGUUAAUUACCAACUGAUUGACUUUCCAAAGACGUCUUGAUACUUAUCAUUGGUUAUUUAUACCAUCAAAUUUAUGCUUCCUUACUGCCUCGAGCGAAAAUAAGCUUCGUCUAAUUAUCUUUUGAGAAAGAGGCAAAAUGCUAAUAUUCCCGAGAAUAAAUUCUAGAAAAGCGUUUUACUUGUUGUAUUACACAGUGAUUUUGUUACUGAAUGUUACUAUGAAUGCGAUAUUCUGUUCUGCUGAAAGACACGAAGUGAUCUUGGAGCACUACUGCAAAACUGCCUACGUGCUUCCGUGCCCUGAUUCCGGUGAUCCCGCUCUUCGAGCCGGUAGACUGCGAUUCCAAAAUGUUCCCAAACUAAACUGCACGGUGGAGGUUACGACGCCAAGUAAUUGCACUACCCUGUCUGCAAUUUACCUGCAUAUUCCGGUUUCAAAUUUGGACAAAACCCACACCAUCCGGGUUUACGAUAGCAGUGAAUGGAAACAGCCCCUGUUAAAAAUCAUUCCCGGUGGAAUAUCUCCAAAUUUGCCCAAGACGACACUGGCAUCUGUUGCACAUGUAUUGUCCCGGUACCAUAAGGUCCCCGCUCUCAAGAUUACUAUGGACCUGGGGCCGAGAAGAAAAGAUAACCCGCACCAUCAGUUUGGGUUCGAUUACACUAUAUUAACCAUGAACCAGAAAUUAAACGAAAUAUACUGCAAAGCUCUUGAAGGAUACAUUCCAAGGGCAAUUAUGUGCAAUCAAGAUGCCAGUGCGCGGGUCACCUGUCCGGAUGAAUAUACCCAGCACACAGGAAUCAGCAGUGUGAAACGUGUACAGCCUUGUCUCGAUUCAGGUCCCGAUGGAGACCCGACCAUCGUGAGGAAUACUGACGAUUUGGAAAUUACAAACAACAACGGCAUUUCGUCGGCAUCUGUGGGUAGAAGCGGCACGAGGAUCUUGGCACCGGUUAAGAAAUUACGAAAACCUUUAACAGACGCCGAUAUUGCGGAGCGUAUUUAUCUCCAAAACGCCAAAGGCCUAGGAACAGUACGAUACGCUUUGCGGCCACUACGAGCCGACCAAGAGCUGUAUCGCAUCGGCUUGGGCAAGAUCAUUCUAUAUGUCACGGAUCGGAAUGUCCAGCUGGAAAGCACAGAUUCCACGGUCUUCGAAGAACAAAUCCGAAGGUCACCAGCGCACAGUCUAACACAUCCAAACUGCUCCCAGUCAACACACUGGAUAUCGUUCUCCUCGCGGCGAGCCGGCGAUUUGCUCCCUUUUAUCAAAUUCGGUUAUGGAUACGAAAUGGAAAACAACGUUCUGUUCCAUUUUUCGUCACUACCUAAUAUCGAUUUCGAUCCAUUGAUUGGCGCGAUUGAAAGCGUCGUUUUGGCUGACGGUGUGGCUGUCGUUGACCAUGUCAAGCUGAAACCGCAGCCAACCAUUGCAGACCUAUCACCCGUUCUGGUGGAGCCGGACGCGCCCCGAAUGCGACAUCCGCUAAUUAGAUUAAGACCAAGAAGUUCGGAGUAUGAUACCUUGAUUGCCGGAAUCCUCGAAGACGUAAACGCCUUUACGCUAACUCCUGAAGAACUCGCUGCUAUAAACUAUUCGCUGGAAAUACCGGGCUGUACGUUGCACAAAAUUUUAGCCGGCAAAAUGCGUGCCGGUCGCAAGAGCGCCGCCUAUAUUCGCGUACCCGGUCCGCGCAACCUUCUGCGAGCGCCCGGUCAGGAAAUGGUGAUGGAAAUCUGGCCGAAAGGUCACUACAGCGCGGUGCACAAUCACGGUAACACCUCAGGGGUUUUUAAGAUCCUGCAGGGAUCUGUCACAUUUGAAUGGUACAAUCCCAUUGUAAAUAUGAGCUAUGAAGACCCGGUAUUGAUAAAAACACAGACGUUUCAUACGGGCAACAUUACGUGGAUGAGGUCGGAUUUAUACCAGACGCAUCGGCUGCGCAAUGAACGGACGGAUAUCGUCAGUAUUUUAGCGCAAGCCUACCGGUAUGAAGACGACGAGGAGCUGGUUAAAGAAGAUUACUUUUAUUAUGUCGUGCCAGAUAGUCCUUAUCUGGGGAUGUUCCUUCCGCAUGUUGACAUUGGGCUCAGCGAAAUAAUCAGACCGGAAGGAAGAAUUAUUCAAGAGUACAGGACUAAGAAUUGUGGUUCUUAAGUCGGCGCCACUGCAAAGCUAGUGUAAACUACUAUUCUGUAUUUUAUAAAUACUAUUAUACCUAUUGUGAUCUAUUGUGAUCCUGUUUGCAAGGCUGUGUUAUGCUCUGUAUUUUGUCUACAUACAAAUUGCAGUUUGAUCACUUUGAUGGACACGGACUUAAUUCACGUAUUGUGUAUUUUACACAAUGCUAACUAUAGUACUGCAGAAAAUGCUGAAAGUGAGUGAAAUGUACUCGUAAUACAUAUGUAUUGCACGUUUAUUAUUCAAGAUU